CCCAAAAGUAAUAUGGCGGGGCAGCAGCGGCCGCAAUAGGUCACGUGGUUGGCGUCAUCAGUUCCAGCACACGUGUGGGCAGAGCGGAAGCCUAUAGUGUUUAUAGCUGAACAACCAUCAUGUUCACAUCCAAGUUGCUCACUCUUGUCCUGGUUGUUCAGCCUCCAAGAAUUUUGCUGGGCAUGAAGAAGCGUGGGUUUGGAGCAGGCCGCUGGAAUGGAUUUGGAGGCAAAGUGCAGAAUGGAGAAACAAUAGAAGAUGCCGCAAAACGGGAGCUGUGGGAAGAAAGUGGACUGACAGUUGAAAGUCUCCAGAAGAUCGGUCACAUUAAAUUUGAAUUUGUUGGCAGCACAGAACUCCUGGAUGUGCAUGUGUUCCGCACAGAUGAUUUUUCUGGAGAACCAACUGAAAGUGAAGAAAUGCGACCUCAGUGGUUUGAUUUGGAGAAAAUUCCUUUUGAUGGGAUGUGGCCAGAUGACAGAUAUUGGUUUCCGCUGCUUUUGGAGAGCAAGAAAUUCACGGCCUAUUUUAAAUUUCAGGGACACGAUGACAUUAUCGAUUAUAAGCUGGAGCAAACUGAAAACAUUUAAUGGAUUUAAAUUUUCAUUUAAAGGACAAAGACUUUGGUCAGGCUGUAGUCUAAGGGUGAAGACACACAGAACUACUAGUAGCAGCUAAUUGUCAUGGUUACUAAAAUAGACAAUGCUUAUCAUUUACUGAUAAUUGUCUCUAUGUGUGUUUUAGCAGAGGCAGUUCUCAGUAUUAUCUAUGGCAGGGUAUUUUCUGGAGUUUAGUAGCCAUGAAAAAGUAGCUGCUACUAUUAGUAGUAAAGCCAGCCAUACAUGGCGAAAUGAGCAGAUCUUUGCCUGAUUUGAACAACCCAAGUACUGGGCCAAAUUGGGCUGAUCUGCUCGUUUGGAUGCCUGGUCAAAGAUUGGAUCCUUAAUGGCCUUUGGAGGUCUGUCCAGUUUGGCCCCUUAAAUCAUCCAAUAAGCUGCUAAUAUCAGACUUCGUAUGGCCAGCCUAAGUUUGAUCUGACUACUUGUCUCAGUAUAGUGGGACUUUCAUCUAUUACCUCCUAUAGAAGUAAAUGUUUGAGCAUUCCUCAACUUUGGUCCAACAGGCCAAGUAGAAUAUCAUACUGAAAACUUAUACAGAAGUUAGUGGCUAAAAGCCCCAUCCUUCUUUACUCAUUCCGGCUGUAAGAUCUGAUUUACUAUCAACAGUGUGUUCAGCCUCAGUCACACUAAAGUGGGCAAUGUAACCUCCAUUUUACACAUUGUGCAAGGGUAAAUAAUUUUUUUUAAUUAUGUCAUGUAUUUUGUUCAGGUUCAUAAAACUGUCAAGACUAAUCACUUUUAGAAGUUGCUUAAAAUCCUGCAUUUUUGCGUUUAGUUAUAUUCUUCAAUUUGGCUGUUGGUACAAUGGCUGUCAGUUUAGGUGUCAGAAUAGAACUCAAAAUAAUCCCUGCCACUUCUAUUGGCUGUAAUUCAAACCACUGGAGAGCAUCUGUACUGGUGUUUAUUAGCCGAAAAUCCUCUAGUGCCAGCAACUGAAAUUACUAGUAUUGGUGCAUGCUAUUAUGUAUAAAAGCAAUGACAUGUGCAUCAAUUAUGGAUUUUUGUUGCCUAAGUCAGGGCUGGAACUAAGGCUGUGGGAAAAAAAGGCACGCACCAAUGGUGAGGGUGGGGGUGCCAGGGCCAUAGGCACAUGCCUUUUCUGCUUACCCCUACAGCAUCUUGGAGGUGGGCGAGUUGAGGAAAAGUUGCUUAAUGGUGGACUGAUAAUGUUAGACAAUUGCUUUGGAUGCCCUUCUGCAUUGGCCCUCUUCUGGCACAAGUGCUUAGUUGUCCUGCUGUUGGGGAGACAAAACAUACAGAAUUGCUUCUCUUUCAUAAAAAUAGCAGUUACCUGCAUCACUGAGGUUCACUUGCAGUUGAGGGGGUUGUGCACAAAAAUCUGACCAGUGCACUGUUUGGCUCCAGCAAUCACUAUUACAAUGGAAAGUGAUUUUGUUGUUGCUCACCAGUGGAACUACCAUACUCGUUGGCAACAAGACCCCCAAAAUGGCUGUGUGUCAUUGCCCUAAAGCACAUCCAGAUAUAUGUGUUAUUGUGCAUUUAUCUCUCCUAAGGGAAUUAGAUGAACUUCUGGCCUGAUAAACAGGAAAUUAUUUUGUGAUCACAGAAUACUGCUGGAGUUUCCUUUUUGAAUUCCAGUGUAAAGGAAGCAUUUCCCCAUUUUGCAGAGCUAGAAUCAUUAUAUAUGUAUAUAUUGCAACUAAAAGUUUCCAUCUAUUAUGUCUAUUUGUUUUUCUAUUCAUUCUAACAUGCAAAGCAUUUUCUUUCAUUUUAUUGCAAAUGCAAAGCAAAAGCAAACUGCAAAUAGACACUCUUGGCCUUACCUACUUAUAUCAUGACUUUUGUAGCAUUAAUUCUGCAGAUGCUUGUAAAACAGUGUUCCAAAAUAAAAUAAAAUAUAUUGUCCUUGCAGAAAAAAUAGAAACAAGAACAGCUACUGUCAUUUAUGAGUGGAUCAAGAAACUUGCUCAGCCUUGUUUGAUCUGCAAACCUCAUAGUUACCUUGCCCCCCACUAUAAAUACAUCCAUUAGAUCCUUUUGUCCAUUAUGUAGUUCAGGCUCCCCAUAGGCUAAUGCCUGACAGGGCUGAUUCUUGGCCUGUGGAUAUAGGAAGGCUGAGAAUAAACCCUAAUGCUGGCAUCAGCCUCACCCUGUGACUGCACCCAGAGCAACUGCGUCGGCCCGGGUGCAUUGAGACAGAGCAGAUUGUGGCACCAAAAUGC